UGUAAGUCAGGACUGCCCUGUCAGAGCACAAGGCAGGCCAGAGGGAAGUGGUAAAGGGACGGAGGAGAAGGCUCCUUUCCAUCACCGAGAGGAUGGGAAACUCUCUGCUGAGGGAGAACAGGUGGCAGCGAGACACUCAAGAGAUGCCUUGGAAUCUGAGACUUCAAAACACCAAGCAGAGAACAUCCAGGUGCUGGGAUUGCCAUACCGCUGAAGGGUGUUUCUGCCUUCCAUGGAAAAAACCACACAUUUUCAAAGAGAGACAAGAUUCCCAAAAGGAAAACGAAGGAACACCAGCUGCUCCCAUCCAGCAGGGCACCUCUGACCAGACCUACGCAGAGGAGCUGUACUACACCCUCAUCGAUCACGGGGUCCUUCAGGGAAGGCCAUCCGGGAACUCCGCUGAGAAGUACUAUGAGAACAUUCCUGGCGAGGCUGAGGGGCCCAGAGAGUACUCGAGAGGAACUAAGACUGAGUAUUCACUUCUGCAUGUGCCUUCCACCCCGAGGCACCCACCUUGCGCAGAAGAUGUAUAUGAACUUCUCGUGCCUCCCAGAGUCUCCUCUCACUUUCUGCAACAGCCACGGCUGCUUACAGCCCCUCCUGAGACUAAGUUUUCCCAUAUAUAAAGCAGCAGUUAGAAGAGCACUUGUUUAGCAUCAGCAAAUAAAAAUUGGGGGUGAGGGGGUGCAAAGAUCUCCCAGCUCACCUCCCACAACAAGCCUUUCCCCACAGAACAUGGUUUGCAAACCACAGGGCCUCUUAGAUUCUGUGUAGAAGCCAACAUCCAAAGACCAACCAGUUAUCCUGAAUGCCAUUAUUUGAGAAAAGAUUGACCGUCUUUGGUUCUAAGUGGCUUGGGGUGGGAGGUGGGAGGGGCUCCCUGGUUCUCCUACAGCUGUGCACACCACAGAGGGUUCCGUUCUUCUCUAGUGAUCUUCUUAUAAAGUGUCCCCAUCACAUUUUUCUCUGAAGUCAGAAGGAAGCUUUACUCAUGAUACCACUAUACCAUUAUACUACCCAGGGGGGAGUCCACUCAUUACAGCAACCUUCCUGCUCAGCCACACCCCCAAGGGGAGCCAGUGGUGCUGCUCUCACUCCAUGCGUCUGGGCCACGUGCUCCACAUAGUGUCCUCCGUGGCUUCCUUGGGUAUGUGAGGUUGAAUCAGGAGGUUCCCGGCCAGAUUUUUAUAUAAUUUUAACUUAUAUGAUUUUGUUUUUAAUUUCAUAUUUCUUCCUCAAAAUCUUAAUAAGACAAUCAUAGCAUCAGAGAUUGUUAGAGUAGAAAGAUACUGAGAGAUUCUUCAAUCCCACUAUCCUUUUUUGGCUCAGAGAGGAUAGUUUGUCCAAUGAUACAUUAAAGCUAGUGGCAAAACUUUAUUGAGAGCCUGAUUUUCUUCUGCCUUCCAAUUCAGUGCUCCUCCAAUAUACUACAUAGAAGACCCUCUAUAGUAAAUGUACAUAUUUAAUAAUGUAACAUAUAAAAAAUAUGAAUAAAAUGUUCACAUGGGAAAAAUAACACACACACACACACUUUCUCUAAUGAACACUCUACUAUAUACCUUGGUUAUUUACUUUUCCUCACCUUUUCUUUGGUGUUCCUAGAAUUAUAUCUAUCCUCUAAAUGAGGGGUCAGCAAAUUAUGGCUCCCAGGCCAAAUCUGGCCCACCACCUGUUUUUGUAAAUAAAGUUAUUUUGGAACACAGCCAUACUUAUUUGUUUACAUACUAUCUAUGGUUGCCCAACCAUGGGAGAGUUGAGUAGUUGUGACAUAAACAAUAGGCCCUACAAAGCCAAAAAUAUUUACACAUUGGCCCUUUCUGGAAAAAAAUUUGCAGCCCUCUGCCCUAAAUGAUCAUAGUUUGGGACAAACUCAACAGAAAUGUGUUUGGUUAUUGAGGCAUAAGAGCACGUACCGAUAAAACAGUGUAAAAAUAUUAAACCACGAAUCGGAUGAGUGAGACUAAGACGGUUUAGCAAAUUCAUCUAUUUCUACUUACACACCUGUGUUCUCGACUUUCUGUUUGACUUAAGCAUUAAACUUAAUGUACUAAGUUUAAGGAUGUUAAAAUAAUAAGAGUUUUGUUGAAACAAGCAGUAGAUGCAUUGUGUUUACUGUUUUGUUUUCAAAGUUAACCAAAGCUAAAUAACUUUGCCAUUUAAAAUGUGCUAAGUGCCAAAUAGAGAUAAAUCCAGUUGCUUGAGUGUGAAUAUGUCACCGGUUUGCUGAGACUACAGCCAGUCAGUGGUCUUCAGUUAGAGAGCCAAUCACAUCUUGGUAUCUUGUACUCUGCUUUCUACUUUUAGCAAAAAUUUUUCCCCAUGGAACCCUAACUUAGAUCCGUGGCCAGGAUUCACUCAGGUUCAAAAGAAGCAGUGAAAUACUGUACGAGAUGUAACGGGGCGUAGGGGAAAGAGUGUGGACCCCAGAGACAGAUAAUCAGUCAUUCAAAUUCUGGUUCUAUCUCUUCCUCCCUCUGUAACUUUGCACCUGUUACUUGGAGGCUCAGCUUUUUCACCCCAUUAAGAGAAGGAUUACAUCGAAGGUACGCAAAUCAUCUAUCACAGACUCUGAAUAAAUGACACCAAAGAGGAAAGAGAAACAAACAUCUUUUAUGGUGUAUGGAGAAAAACACGCUGAUGCAUCUGGUGAUCCCGGGUCACCCAGCAGUCCUCUAGUGAGGCAGAAACACCCAAUCCAUGGGUUUAUGCUGGGAUUUUUCACGUGGAUAUUGGACCAUUGUGGAAGUUGGUUGGUUGAAAUAUUCCUAUUACAGUAAGUUAUAUUUGUUUGAACCUUAUCCUGUCAAAGCAUUACCUGUCCCAAGCAGUAUAUACCUUUUAUCAGGAACAUAUUAAGCAUAAAUACUUAACCAAAGAAAGUUGUUCUUAUAAUAAAGGGAUUACAAAAUUGAAUUAUUUUUGAGCAGAGCCAUUUGGGAGUGCUUCAAAAUACUCACUAUAAUGUAUAUAUAGAUUUGUCAAUCAAAAAUAUUAUUGAGGCCGGGCGAGGUGGCUCAUGCCUAUAAU